ACAGAAGCUCGGAACGCUCAUUUUGUGGUAGAGUCGCGUUUGGGAUCCAACUCUGAUCCGAGCGGAUCCAUUCCGAUUCCGAUUCCGAUUUCGAACCGUUGCGCUGCUCCCAAGCUCCCGCUGUUGCUGCUGCAGAUACGGAUACAGAUACAGCUGCAGGGCGCACACACAUAGAUACUGUAGCUCAGAGUGGAGUUCGGUUUUCACAAACAACAAAAAAAACCAGCGCGUUUCGAUUUUGAAUUUGGAUUCAGAUUCAGAUUAAGAUUCAGAUUACAAUCUGUUGUUCAGAGUGUUUUUAAAAUUAAAAAAAUAAAAAAUAAAUAUAUAUAACGAGUGUUUGCAAAAAGAAUGUGGAGUGAUUUUUGUUGGUGUGUGUUUCGGUGUGUAGCCAGUGUAUGAAUGAUUUUCGUUAUUCGUUCUUCGUUCAUGGGGGAAAACGUGUCCCGAUACCGCGAAAAUAACUGCAACUGACUGCGAAUAGCCUUUUCCCAGCCAGAAAUCAAGUCCCAGUCGCCUAAAAUCCACUAAAAAAAAAAAUCAACUCAAAAAAACCAACUCCAAAAAAAAGUUAGCGCUGGUCAAAAAAAUACAACAAAAAAAAAAAAUAAAUACAAAAAAAAAAUCGAGCUACCCGCGGAUGGCAACAACAACUAGCUACAACAACUGAAGAAAACAACAACGGCAGCAACAACAACAACCCAGCAAACGGCAUUCUUUCGCGCAACAACAAACAACCGUAGGCCAACACACGGCGAGAGAGAGCUCAAGAGAGUGUAAGGCAGAGAGAUCGAACACACACACACACACUCUAUUGUUGGUGUGAGUGAAUUUUGAUUAAAACGUAGUGUGCUCUCCACCAUCCCCACCCCCCCACAUUCGGCUCUUCGGCAACAGCGCUGGAAUGCGGCCUGUUCGCUGCUGACUGCGCAGUCGCGGCGUGCGUCGUCAAGAGGUCAGACAACAACAACAACAACAAAACCAACCCAGCAGCAGAUACAACAUCAACAAAAAAUAAGAUACAAAAAAAAAAAUAAAGAAAAAAUUACAACCACAGCAAACGAAACGAAAUUUUACUGUUAGGCAUUUUUCGAUAGCCAAUCGAUAGAUUUAUUCAAAAAGUGUUUAAAAAAAUAUUAAAAAAAAAAAUAUUCAGUGAAAAUCAAUCGAAGAAAAGUCAAUUUUUGUGGAUUACGCGAACCAGCAGAUACAACACCAACAACAAUGCCGAUCACUGCAGCGGCUGCCUAAGCAACGCAUUUCGAACGCGCGCGCUGUAUACGGAAAAUGAUGCAGCAUGCGAGCAUUUUGUACCGUCAGCGCGCCAUUGGAAGUAUGCGCGUCCUCCGCCGAGCAACUGUCACCAGGCUCGCGAUUCCUGGCCCUGAGACUUCUGGGGCAGCAGCAGCCGAAAACAUUGUACUUCCUAGUCGAUGCCAAGAGUCGAGUUCGAGAGGUCUACACGCAGACAUGUCUACACUUUGCCACGCAAGGGAUGCUGGACACCGAACUCUUUGGUCUGGCUGUGCUCAUAGAUGGCGAGUACAUGUUCGCAGAUCCCGAGAGCAAGCUCUCCAAAUACGGCCCGAAGAGCUGGCGAUCCUCGCACACCCACGGCCUGGAUGCCAAUGGACGACCCCUCCUGGAGCUACACUUCCGUGUGCAGUUCUACAUCGAGAGUCCGUUCAUGCUGAAAGAUGAGACGUCCCGCCACAACUACUACCUGCAGCUGCGCCACAACAUCCUGCAGCGCGACCUGCCCAAGGAGCAGGCCGAGCAGGCCCUGGUCUUCCUAGCCGGCUUGGCCCUGCAAGCGGAUCUGGGCGAUGCCCCGCCCGGUGGCAAGGACGAUUCGGGCGAAGAGGCUUCAUCGUCGGGCGGCGGUGGAGGACUGAGUUCCACCACCACGCUGCCGAAGAUCAGUAAGCGUGCCAAUGAGAGGAUGCUGCGACUCUCCACCUAUGUGGCAUCCACAUCGAAGCGGGAUACGACGGCACCACCUCCUCCGACUUUGCCGCCGAACGGAGCCGACUACUUCAGGAUCGAGGACUAUCUGCCGGGUGGACUGCACACUCCGUGGGCGCGGAGUGCGAUGAGGGCGUGUCACCGGGAGCACCUCGGCAUGGCCACCUCAAUGGCGGAGCUGUUGUACAUCCAGCAGGCCUGCAGCCUCCACGAAACCAUAAACGCCCACACCUACAGGAUGAGGCUGGCCAAGAGCGAACCGGGUUCCGGCAGUGCUUGGUUCGUGGUCUAUGCGAAAGGUAUCAAGAUCCUGGGCGGGGACCCCAGCAGCUCUACUCCCACAUCCUCCGCCACCGAACCCACCACAUUCCUUUGGCCAAAUAUCACGAAGCUAUCGUUUGAACGGAAAAAGUUCGAGAUCCGGAGUGGAGAGAGCAGGAUCACCCUCUACGCAGCCUCUGACGAGAAGAACAAGCUCCUGCUGACCCUCUGCAAGGACACUCAUCAGUGGAGCAUGAAGCUGGCAGCCCGGCUCAAGGAGGUGUCCAAGCGGGAGGAGGAGGAGGCGGCUGAGUCGCAGAGACUCCAUGCCAGCUACGCCUGUUCCCGGAGUCUCCUGCUGCCAUACAAGUCGAAGAACGAGCAGCGCAUCUCCGUCAUCUCCAGUACCAGUUCCAAUACCACAUCUGGGAUAGUCAGUGAUCGGGUUCACUCGGAGGAUGAGCUGGAGAUCAUGAUCAAUACUCCACCUGCUCCACUGGCCGCCCCCUCGACGGAGAGCCUGGCGUUGGCCCAUCUCCUGGACAGGCCCAGUGUCAGUCGACAGACCUCGAGUGUGGGCCAGAUGUCGCUCAAGGAUCUGGAGGAGCAACUGGCGGCGUUGAGUGUGAGACCAGCGGAGGUAAAUAAUGCCAACAGCUCCCUGAGCAACUCGAUAAUAGUCCCGAGAAGCUCCAUCGGCGGAGGAGGAAGUGGCACUGCGUUGGGAGGAUCAGGAAAUGCCAACGACUCCUCAACAACCACCACAGACUCGCCCAGUUCGCAGCACAACAUUGGCUCCCAGUGCUCCUCCACCUGCAGCACUGUGGUGGUCACCUCGCCGGCCAAUACAGGUGCUGGUGGAUCCACCGCACCCGUGCCCGUGCACUCCACUUCCUCCAGCCUGGAGCUGGGCUUCAGUCACACCGCCCAGAACUCCGCGCUGAGCGAAACGAAUCCCGAGGACUUCAGGGAAGAAACUGAAAGUGUGUCGGGAGUAUCGGGAGUGUAUACCCUGGCCCAUGGAGCUCCGCCCACCGAAACCUCCGGGGUGUACACCAUGCACAGCAGCGAGCUAACCGGCCAGUCAUCGGAGAUGGCGGAAUCGGAGAAGAGUUCCCACUACGGAAUGUUCCAGCCCUCGAAACUGGAGGAUAGUCAUGUACAGCACCCGGAGAGUGGAGACGGAAGCAGAGAAAAGCAGAGAACCGAGUUCCGACUUCGUUCGGAUUCGAAUAUCAGCACGGGCAGCUCCUUUCGGGGCGAUGGCAGUGAUCCCACGGACAACAAGCACUCCCUGCUCUCCGCCGAUGAGCUGACCAAUCUGAUAGUGGGUCGCGGCACCUAUCCCAGCCGGAAGACGGUGUCGAGCAGCCUCCACUCGGACUGCGACUAUGUGACCCUGGAGACGGAGAAGGAGGAGCACCAGGAACUGCCACCAGCACCACCGCCACCGUACACGGCCCGUCACGAGAAGACAGGGUUGUGUGGUCCGCCGAUAGCCAAGCCGGUGGUGCCCAAGCCCAUUGCUGUGGUGCCUCCGAAGCCAGAGGUCAGUGCUCCUGUUCCGGCACUCCCAGUCCAACCCCCGCCGGCGGUUCCCGCUCUACGACGACGAGAUCCUCCACCGUAUCCCAGUUCCAGCAAACCAAGGCCCACCUCCCUGAUAUCCGUGAGCUCGUCGGCCAACCCGGCACCCAGUAUCGCCGGAUCAAUGAGUUCCCUGAAGUCCGAGGAGGUCACGGCCAGGUUUAUCACCACCCGACCACAGAUUAGUAUACUGAAGGCCCACACCAGCCUGAUUCCGGACGGAGCCAAGCCCAGCUAUGCGGCGCCACACCACUGCUCCUCGGCGGCCUCCUCCAGUGGCUCCGUGUGCAGUCACCAGUUGAGCCAACAGUCCCUGCACAACUCCAACUACGCUGGCGGCUCCCAGGCCUCGUUGCAUCACCACCCUCACCACCAUGUGCCGCCGGCCCAUCACAGGCAUUCCGGAUCCGCUGCCAUCGGCAUACCCAUAGUUCCUUACGGGCUGCACAAGAGUACGGCUUCGUUGCACCACCAGACCCAUCCGUCGUGUGUCCUGUUGCCGGUGAUCAAGCCCAGGCAGUUCCUGCCCCCACCACCACCAAGUUUGCCUCGCCAACCACCGCCUCCUCCGCCAUCGAAUCAUCCGCACUUGGCGGGGCACCUAUACGGCCGUGAACUGGCCCGGAAGCAGCUGGAGUUGUACCAGCAGCAGCUGUACAGUGAUGUGGACUAUGUCAUCUACCCCAUCCAGGAUCCGGCAGUCAGCCAACAGGAGUAUCUGGACGCCAAGCAGGGUUCCCUACUGGCAGCCAUGGCCCAGGCGGCACCACCGCCGCCCCAUCACCCGUAUCUGGCCAUGCAGGUGUCGCCGGCGAUAUACCGGAGCACGCCUUACCUCCCACUGGCCCUGUCCACGCAUUCACGCUACGCCUCCACCCAGAACCUAUCGGAUACGUAUGUCCAGUUGCCAGGACAUGCCGCUGGCUACUCUCCCUUAUAUUCGCCCUCGAUGGCCAGUCUCUGCUCCUCGUACGAGCCACCCCCACCGCCGCCCCUUCAUCCAGCGGCUCUGGCGGCGGCGGCAUCGGCGGCGGCAGCCUCCGGAACAGGACCUUCCGGCUCUUCGUCCUCCUCGAUGUUUGCACGAUCGCGAUCAGACGACAAUAUUCUGAAUUCGCUCGACUCGCUGCCCAAGGGGAGGCGUCUGCCGCCCCCACCACCACCCCCCUACGUCAACAGGCGACUCAAGAAGCCGCCCAUGCCGGCGCCCAGUGAAAAACCCCCACCAAUUCCCUCGAAGCCGAGUCCUGGCACCACCUGCCUUCUGCCGCCUCGGAAACCGCCCACUCUGAAUCCCCACAGCGCCAACUCGCCGCUGAUCAAGACCUCCAGUGGCGCCCAGUGGGCGGGAGAGCGUCCCAGGCCGGACAUGGGUCUCGGACUGAGCCGCGGAAGCAACAGCAUCCUGGCUCAGCUGCAGGCCUCCAUGGCCGCCGCCGGAUCACAGGCCCAGGCUCAUGCCCAGGCCCAGGCCCUGGAUAUCGCUCUCCUUCGGGAGAAGAGCAAGCACCUGGACCUGCCACUCAUCUCGGCGCUCUGCAACGAUCGCUCCCUGCUGAAACAGACGAUGGUGAACCCGAAGACAGGCCAGGAGAUGCCCAUGCCACUGGCCAGUUCCAGCUCGGCCUCCCAGCCCGGUCAUUCCACCACGAAUAGCAGCAAUAGUUCGCCUGGCAGUGGCACCCUCAGCAAGUCCCGCAAAGGAUCCACCACAGUGAGUCACCGGCAUCCGCAGGACAAGCUGCCGCCCCUGCCGGUCCAACAGCUGGCCGAGGCCAAUAACUAUGUAAUGGAACCGGCGGUUAUGAUGAAGCAGCAACAGCAGCACAAGACCGGUUAAAAAAUCGCAAAAAAAAAAAAGAAAAGGAAACAGGAAACGGAAGUGGAAAAUGUAAAAUGGACGACGGACACUCUUCUCUCUAGUUCGAUAGCUGUUCGAUGUGCCCCCUAAUUGUGUUUUGUGACUCAUUUUGUUUGGCGUUCUCGCAAAUAUUUGCAUAGAUCGGUUAAAGUUGUAAAGAAAAAUAAUGAUUUCGAUCACAGUGUUUUUUCGGAAAGUAAGCAAAUAAUUCGCUAGUUUUGGAAGGGGGGGACAGGACUCUUUGCAGGACAGCCAGAAAGGACAGGUUUACAAAUCAAGAAACAGCUUAGAAAAGAAAAAAAAUCACCUCAAGAGAACAACAGCAAACGCAUUAAAUUAAUCAGAACCCAGUCUAGUCACUUAAGGGAAUUGGUAACAGGUAAGACACACAGGUGACACAGGAGCCAACCUAGAGAGAACUGAUGAGAAGCAGAACGUUUGAAGGACGUUUUCAGGACGUUGCAGGACGAAGAACAAAAA